AGAGGAAAGCAGGCAGUAGAAUGGAUUUGUGCCCUCUCUCCUCCACACGUCCUUCUUCUCUGUCUCAUUUGAGUCCCUCUUCCCCCUCCUCUGCCAGCGUUGCGGCCUGGGCACCCUCAUUGCCAGCCCUUGGGGAAAAGGCGAGUCGUCGGGUCGACGGUCAUCUAAAAACCGAGCUUCAAUGUCUGCCGGGGAUCAUAAGAGUGGAGGGGACAAACCAGAAGACGCCGUGCCGGUAGCUAAGGUGUGGGCGGAGGUGGAGAGGGCAGAGUGUUUGGCCCGCGGUGCAGCCCUGAAGUGGGCGUCCGGUGUUUUCUGUCGGCCUGAGCACCUGGAGCGACUGAGCCAAUACAGGAAGAGAGAGAGUCAGAGGACUUCCUCCGUACACACCAGACUCAAGUCCAUGGUCCAGUCCUACCUGGAGGGGGGCUGGGGUCUGGAGCAGCUCCAGGAGGCCAGGGCCGAGCUGAGGGAGGUGUCGAACGCUCUGAAGAAAGCAGGGCUGGAGUCCAGUCGGAACGCGGAGGGGGUGAAGUCUCUGGAGAGGCUGAGAGAAGUGUCUGUCAGUCACCGCCAGCUCCUCGCUGCUGUCAGCAACCUGCCACGUCUCUACUCUGUGCGUAGCAUGGUGUUGGAGACAGAGCGUCUGGUGGAGUCCCGGCGGCUCUUGGAGGCCCACGCCCGGCUGAUGGAUCUGGAGCGCUGGCAGGACGACAUUCUCUGGCAGCUCCACGGGGCUGCUGGGACGACAGGAAGUGCACUCAGCGCAGAGGACCAGGAGCUAGUGGCCAAAUAUUUCUCUGGUGUCGGGCAGCUGGUGGACGCCCUGGGUAAGGAGCUGUGGGCGGUGGUGAGCAGCGCUCUGAAUCAGGCCCGACAGAACCCCACGCCGUUCGUAUCAGCGGUGAGGAUCGUGGAGCGGGAGGAGGCCCUGGACAGCGCUCUACUGGAGGAGCGGGGCACCAGAGGCCCCAGCAGGCCCCUGCCCCCGGGACGACCUCGCUGCUGGAGGGCAUGCUUCUUCCAGGUUCUAGAGGAGGCGGUCUCGGCGCGGUUCCGCAGCGUUUCCUACCUGCACACGCGCGGCCCGGGUCUAGCAGGGCACCUCUCUGCUCUCCAGCAAUGCAUCAUGGCAGACCUGGCCACCGUGCGCCAUCUGCUGGAGCACUGCGUCCCCCCGCACUACCUGCUGACGGGGGCCUACCUGAGGGCCAGCCACCGCUGUUUACACGCUCACCUGGCACAGGUUAGCAGCUGGGACCUGGAGAGUGGUGAAAUCUUUGCUGUUCUCAACUGGGUGCUACACAUAUACAACAGCCCAGACAUGAUGGGUCAUCCAGAGCUGGUUACCGAGAUGGAGAAAGUGGAACUAGGGCCUCUCAUCUCCACAGAGGGACUGGAGCAGCUGCAGAACAAAUAUGUGCAGGGUGUUCGGAAGAGUGUAUCAGAGUGGAUGCACAAAGCCCUACAAGUGGAGCUGCAAGACUGGCAGAGAGACCAGGAACCAGAUACAGACCAUGAAGGUUUCUACCAGACCAGCCUGCCCACUAUCAUCACACAGAUGCUGGAGGAGAAUGCCCUGGCUCGGAUGAUCCGAGAGUCCCUACGAGAUCAGACGAUACAGAUGGGACUGUAUGAGAUGGAGAACCUCCUAAACAGGUUUCGAGAAGCUCUAGUGGAAUUCGGAAAGGAGCAUCGCAGAGAUCAGAGCAACAACAAAAACAAGUUCUACCUCCACUAUCUGCUGGCCUCCAUCAGCAACUGCAUCAUCCUCAAAAAGUCCACAGAGAGCCUGCAGCAGCAGCAGUCGUCCCGCUCGGCGGGACAGUUCUCUCGAACUCCUCCCAACCCCAUGGCGGCUCUGGACCGGGCGGUGAGACGGGCCUGUCGCCUGGUGAUGGAUCAGCUCCUGCUGGAUCUCCAGCCCCUUCUCCCGGGCCUGCUGACCCGACCAUGGCUGGUCCAGGGAGACCCAACCCCCAAACUCUGCCGCGUCCUGGAGCGCCACCUGGAGGUGUACGGCCGCGUUCGACCACCCUGCAGACAGCGUCUGCAGGAGGAGGCCCAGUGGCUGACAGUGGUGGAGUACGUCAGGGCUCUGAUGCAGAAGAGGCUGGUGUGUCGCAGCGCCGAGGAGAGGAGGCAGCUCGCCCAGCAGAUGGUUCAGGACGACCAGCGAUUCAGAGAAGUCCUCCACGGCCUGGAGGGUGAGUGCUCAGUACCUGAAGUGAAUCCUUUAGCCUUACUACCGGUCCUUGCUGACUUCAUCCGAUUGAAAGACCCCGGCAUGCUCACUCUGGAAGUUUCUGGACUCGCAGCGAAAUACCCCGACAUCAGUGAAGAGCAUGUGUCUGUGCUGCUGGACAUCCGUGGCGAUGUCUCCAGGGACAUCAGAGGGGCGGUGCUGGACUUGCUGGAGCAGAGCGCCCCCCCUCUGCCUGCGGGAUACCGGCCCAUCUUCACUGACAUCCUAGUGCCCCACUCCACCAUGGCCUUCUGUCUGCCAACCGCCAAGUGUGCGUGACGCGGAUCGAAACAGCAGCUGACACGUACCAUUCAUACUGGGGAUGCCCAUAGCCACCAUCACGGUCUUUUUUUGUGUCCCAGUGAAGUAGAUUAAGGGUUAGGGACCUUUGCUUAACCCACCAGGGUAAGCAGUCAUCAAAACUGUUUGGAAAAUGGGACGGCACUCUGCUAGCUAGGUGAUUGGUCGAACCGGCCAUCACUCAAACGUUUGCCAAAGCCAAUCAGGAUAAGAGCGAAAGAUGUUUUAAAAGCCUUCGAAGCCGUUCUUUGCUCUUCUUUCAAAGAAGAAAAACCCUCCAGUUCUGAAAGAACUGAUGCUAUUGCAGCAUCUACGCUAACCUCUUCAGGAGUCACCAUCGUUGUUGAGAAAGAACAGAACACUGCAAGUCUUCACACACACACAUAAGCCACGCCCCCUCGCUGCUGUAGCUCCUCACGCAAUGCUAAAUGCUCCAGUCACUGGCCCUACGGACACAAAAGCAUUACUUGAAGCCUGACAGGAGUGUUUUCCCGUGGCAAGUGAUCCUGUGAUUUCUCGCGUGAUAUCGCGACAUGCAAAUAAUCCAGCUGCCGUGCAAGGACAGUAUCCAUGAGCCACUCUAGCUUAAUAGGCUGCAAUUUAAAACAAUACAUUUUACGCCAUCACAACUUGCUCUCACGUGUGUCAGCGACCAUUGAAAGUACUUUCUACUGAGCAAAUCCUUUGAACAGUGUCAGAAAAAAUCAUUUUCACCUUCGUUGUGUUUGGGCGACGGCAGACAUUUUUGAGGCAGAUGACUCAAAACCUCGGCUCACAAAACAAAAAACUAUGUUCUACUGCUGAAAUGCUUUUCUGACUCGGGUCAACCGACCAGUAAUUGAAACAAUAGCACCUAUUGGAAAUAUUUAAUCAGUAGCUGGUGACACCUUUCUGAGACCUAAACCAAUAAAACACACUGACAGCCAUAGAAGAGCAAAAUCCUCCUGCAGCCUGUGAGAUAUUUAAGGUCUACUUUUAUAUAUUUUCUCUGAAUGUAUUCAACUUUCGAGUCCGACAACUCCAGUAGAAGAAGGCUGGUUUUAAGUGAGGGCUCCUGGACUGUAAACCUUCUGACCUGAAGAACUGAGGCUGCUAAUUCAUUACUUUAAUUACCUUUCAAAUCUAUUAUUCCUGAACUUGCUUUUUUUGCAUUUGUUAUUUUUGUCCAAAUUUAUCUUGUAUCGCUGUUCAUAUUGGGCAUUUAAAAAAAAAAAAAAAAUCUUAAUAUUUAUUGUAUUUAUGUAUUAUUUUUCAGAAAAUUCCUUUUGAAUAGUGUUUCCUGUUGUUAUUUCAAAGGAUAUUUCUCUUAUUCUGGUUCAAUGCUAACCUCUAAAGCACACUGUAAACACGUUCAUGCUUAAAUAAAAGCUUUGUUAAGCAAACAAUUUUUUUA